GCGCGGAGACGGUCAGCUGACCCCCUUCCGGCCUCCGUUCGGGGUGGGAGGGGCCGACACGAAGAUGGCGGUCCAUUUACAGAGGACCAUCGUCGCUCAGACUAAGAAGCCUACUGCGUCCGUGAUUUUCCUGCACGGGUCAGGUGAUACUGGGCAAGGUAUAAGAGCAUGGAUAAAAGAUGUACUGAAUCAAGAUCUGAUAUUUCAGCACAUACGUGUAAUUUAUCCAACAGCGCCUUUAAGGUCCUAUACACCAAUGAAGCAAUCUAUGUCAAAUGUGUGGUUUGACAGGUACAAAAUUUCCAUAAACUGCCCAGAACAUCUUGAAUCAAUCGAUUCAAUGUGCCACGUAUUAGGUAGCUUUGUGGAUGAAGAGGUGAAUGCUGGAGUUGCAAAGGACAGAAUAAUCUUAGGGGGAUUUUCAAUGGGAGGGACAAUGGCUAUGCACUUAGCCUACAGAUUUCAUCAACAAGUAGCAGGAACGUUUGCUUUGUCCAGUUUCUUGAAUAAGGAUUCUAUUGUUUACCAGGCGAUCCAGAAUUCUAAAACCUCAAUGCCUGAAUUGUUCCAAUGUCAUGGAAAGAAUGACCAACUAGUUUUAUAUGAGUGGGGUAAAGAGAGUUGUUUGCAUUUACAGUCACUAGGAGUGAAAGCCACGUUUAAGACUUUUCCUAAUCUCUAUCAUGAACUUUGCAAAUCAGAGUUAGAACAGCUGAAGUCAUGGAUUUUACAUAAACUGCCUAAUGUCGAACAGUAAUGCUAUUCAUUCUGACUGAAGUAGUCAUAUUUCAUGUACAUAUCGUAAUAUAUUAGCUAAUAUUGUCAAGAAUGAUAAUAUAUCGUGGGUGAAUCUGAAAAUAGGAGAAAUAAAUUAAAAUCACGUUGA